AGUCGCUUGGUUAGCGGCGACCCCGUCAGUGCAGGGCUGCGGCAUUAAAAAGCCCGAGUUUUCUGGGAUGAAACAAAGCCUUCCUUCUGUUGAAGACGGUGUCUGGCAGUGGUGAAGUUGUGAAUAACAGUGACAGUGAUAACUCCGCCAUGACAGAGGCUAUGAAGGAUUAGCUGUGUCACAAGGCUUUGUUGUUGUUGUUGUGUUCACGCUGACUAACGCUAACGUUAGCCAGACAAGUUGAGCUUCACAGCUAACCCGUCUCUUUCCUCGGGGCUGACGACUGCAAGACCUUAGCAUGCCAAAGGAGGCAGACCAGGGUGAGGGUGGAGGAUACAAGGAGUCGAAGAAGGAGGGGAUGCAUGGUGCUUCUGAGGAGGCUCCUCAAGAUGGAUUUUCUUCCCUCACAGCCAGCCCUCCCAAGCUGGUCUUGGUGGCGGAGCUGAUGGAGACUGCUAAAGGAGUCACCAACAUGGCUUUGGCCCAUGAAAUAAUGGUCAACCAAGCUUUUCAAGUCAAACCUGCAGAGCUUCCUGAAGGGAGUGUGGAGCGCAAAGUGAAGGAGAUUAUGCACAAAGCAUUCUGGGAUUGCUUGGAAGCUCAGUUGAUGGAGGAUCCGCCGUCGUAUGGACAUGCCAUCAAACUGCUGGCUGAGAUCAAAGAGUCCCUGCUGUCUUUCUUGAUGCCGGGCCAUGGUCGUCUGCGCACCAGUAUCGAGGAGGUUCUGGACCUGCCGCUAAUCCAGCAGCAGGCUGAGAAUGGAGCGCUUGACAUCGGUCGACUGUCCCAGUUCAUCGUUGGGAUGAUGGGCUCUCUGUGCGCCCCCUGCAGAGAUAAGGACAUCAAUAAGCUAAAAGAGAUCCAUGAUAUUGUGCCUCUGCUCAAGGCAAUAUUCUCUGCGCUGGACCUGAUGAAGGUGGACAUGGCUAACUUUGCCGUCAGCAGCAUCAGGCCUCAUCUGAUGCAGCAAUCGGUUGAGUAUGAGAGGAGCAAGUUCCAGGAGUUUCUGGAGAAACAACCCAAUGGCUUAGACUACACCGAGAAGUGGCUUGAGGACACAGUAAGAUGUCUGAGAGAGAUGGAUGGCUCUAGUGCUGCCUCGUCUGACCCUGCCUCACUCCUCCCCCUUAAUGUCCAUAAUCAUGCCUAUUUACGCCUGCUGAGGUGGGACCACGCCUCAGACCCCUUCCCAGAGACGGUGUUGAUGGAUCAGGUUCGGUUCCAGGAGAUGCAGCUGGAGGCUGAGCAGUUAGUUCUGCUCUCCUCUGUGCUCCUCGUCGUCUACACUACCACGGGGGACGCUAUCUCGGGCCUGCCGGGGCUGAUGGAGACUCUUAAAAACACUGUCAGUGUCAUGCUUGCAGACAUGCACACGCCGUCUUUUAGUGCACAGGAGGCCUUAGCGACCAUCGGGGAGAAAAUGUGUGUUGAGCUGAGUCAGUGUGUAAGCCAACAUGGCUACUCUCCAUUUUCACCCGACCGAAAGAACAUUCUGAAAGGACAAAUCUCCGCUACCAUCCAGCCAGACAACACAGUGCGCAAGCUGAUGGACUCUCGGGUUCAGAGCUACCUCCUGGCUUCCCUGGAGUCCAGUCAACAUCAGACCCCUCCUCUCCCAGGAGGCCUGGUUCCAGUCAGCAGGGAGCUGAAGGAGCUUGCUGUUCGCUUUAGUCGCCUUGUCAACUUCAACAAGCUGGUCUUCUCCCCGUUUUACCAAAAGAUUCUCCGCAAAAUACUGACCGAAGGGGAGACUCCCUCAGAGUAAGAGCAAUGUGGAGACUGGUCUGUCAUUUUGCCAUUUCCCCCCACUAGUAACGGUUAAGAUUUAGAUAAAAGUGUCAAGGAAGCUGAUCCGUAUUGGGGUGGGGGGGGAGCCAACUCCGCAGGCCGUGCACCUUAAACCGACAAAAAACACUGGCUACCGUCACAGCUGCAUUAACUCACAGUGUUGCUUAUUGAUCAAAUCCAGGCCUUGCAUUAAGUUGUGUUCAGUAUUACUGGUAGGGCUGGGUAUCAAUCGAAAGAGUACAGUGUCCUAGCCAAUACAAUACCUGUGUUUUAGAACCCACACUAAAAUAAUACUUAGUGAUUACCAUAUUUUGCAGAGUAUAAACACAUUUCUUUCUACAAAAACUGUUCUCGUGCAGUAUACAAUUAACAAAACAAUAAAAUUCUAAAAUAUCUCAUUUAAAAUUAAGUCAGCAAGACAAAGUCCUUUUAUUUAUCAAGUGUCUCACAGUAACAUAUCAGUCCUAACUGGCCAACGAUUCUCAGAGUGACACACAUUUGGUCCUGUGUUUAGGUCUAGUAGUAUUUUAUCAACGUUCUUAAGCUAGGAGAUGGCACCUAUCUCUGCCGAUAUAUAGGAGUGUUCCAGAGGUGUCUCAACCUGUCAGGAGUUGCCACAAGAUGGCAUUCAGGCGGGAGACAUGCGGAUACAUUCCAUGGAAGAAGAGACGUCUUGAGAACACUUGUUGACAAUAAGCUUAUUAAAGGAACAGUUUGACAAUUUGGGAAAUAUGUUUAUUUGCUUUCUUUGUUGAGAAGAUCAAUACCACUCAUGUUUGUAUGGUAAAAUGUAAGGCUACAGCUAGCAGCCGAUUAGCUUAGCUUAGCACAAAGACUGGAAAUGGGAAAACAGCUAGCCUCGCUCAGUCCAAAGGUUAGAAAAUCUAACUAUCGUUACCUCUAAAGAUCACUUAUAUAGAAGAUAUAAUAUGUUUAUAUCUGUUUGCUUCAAUCGUAAGUUGUGGUUUUAAAAGUGGAGUAAACAAUUCUGGAGAAAUCCAUCACCAUGACAGAUUCCUCGAUACAGAGCGAACAACAACACAUCAAGUAAUGUAACUAAUGUUAGCUAUGUUGUGGGUUAGCAAACUGUCGCUACAGCUAAGGAAACAUGCAGAGAGGACCCGACGUUGUCUGAGCCAUCCUGCUGCUAAAGCUAACAUCACAACAACAGCAUGUCUUGGCAAACUAGAAUGUAAACUGAAUGUCUGUGGGCAAAUCAUUUAACGCUCCCUGACACACAUCGUGGCUAUAACGGCUGGAAUAGUGUUGUGUUGGCCGGGUGUGGGCCACUUUGUUUGUUUCCCAUUUACAGAGCCAGGGCUGUGUACAAACACGGAUUUUGUUUCAGCACACACACAGAAUGGACAGCUAGCAGACCGUGAGGAAAUAUUAGCUGAAUUCAACAAAACAACGUGUACUGGAUUAGAAAUGCUUACUCCACCUUUAAGUGGGUCAUUUGCCAGACUGUUGCUUGGGGAGCAGUGGCUUCUGUUGGCCUAGUAACCUCACUGUGUCGACAAGACUGCAGGAAGUUACUGUACCUGAUCUUUUCAUCGUACUCUGCAAGAAAGCAAAUAAGCCUAUGUCCCAAAAAAGCUGAACUAUUUCUUUAAAAGAUACCAUUUUGACAGACACUCAAUCAUUUUCAUGAGUCAUCUUGCUGGGGAUGCAAAGGAGAACACAUGCUCUGCAGAAAAUACAACCAACUACUUCUGCAGUAAUAAAGCAUUUGAUUUUUCUCAGCAGUGCCACAGAUAGACUAAUGCAUAGAUUAAAUCAAUUUCCUCACCACUCUAUUUUGUUACAUCUCCAAAGAAGUUGCGACAUUUCCUUCCUUGUGUUAGGCCACACAAGACUACAAGAAAUGUAGUAACACAUAGCUUGGGUAACUAUGUUACCUGCUGAUCAAGCAUUCCCUAAACACAUCUCCUCCAACAGAAUGUGCAUGCAUGUCCCUGCCUGACCAGCAUCUUCUGUAAACUCAUAACAGGUAAAACACCCCUGGCGCUCUCCUAAAUACUGGCAGAAAUGGGAGUCAUUUUCUAGAAUAAGAACAUUAAGAAAAUACUUUUUUACUCCAGAGGAAGGCAGACCAAAUGUGCAUCAGUCAUAUAAUUUUUGGUAAAAACAAACACUGGCAAAGCAUUUAGUAACAGCUUUUAAUACUUGACAAUUAGCAAACUUUUAUGUCUUUUUCCCCAAACAGUUUUUAUUGAUUAUUCACAGUGGUUAGUCAAUGGUGUAGCGCACACACAAGUAAAAGAGGAGACUGCAUGGUGUCUUUUACACUGCUGUUGUAAGGAAAUAUGGUGGAUACAAAGACUCUUUACACCUUUACAAAUGUUCUCUUCAUUAGCCUUAAAAUCAAAUAAUUCUUAUUCAGGCUUCUCAGAUUUGCUUGGUUACAGUAAUAGUAAAAAUAUUAUUUCCCAAAAUGUUGAUCCAUUUAUUUAAUGAGCCAUAGCUCCAAAUGUGACCAAAAUCAUAACUUUUCUAAAAAUGAACAGGCAACAAGUGGGGUCCUCUUAAAACAAGAGUCUGUGAAUUACUUCCUACAGAUUUUUAACUCUGCUGCACAGCAAUAUAAAAAUAAAAUGCGCAGACUUUUUGUAUCCACUGUAUGUGCACAAAAUACAGAUAUUUUACAGUUUGUUAGAUAAAAGGAAAAUGAACUGAAGGGAAGCCAGAUGGCUGGUGGCCAACUUGAACUGCUGCUCUUUUAAUUGUUACUUAUUUUUACUUAUCUUAUUUGUUUACUUAUUAUUUUCACUUAUUUAUAACAUAACACAUUUCGGACAUUUAGAAUAUUUUCUUUUGACAAACACUUUGCUUGGCAUACAUAUUUUACACACUCAACUAAUCCCUUGUAACAUGCAGGCAGAAUGAUGUCGCCUAUUCCCCAAAUGAAUAACACGUGUUCAUUGAUGGUCAAAUUAGUUACACCGGUAUUUGUCUUUGAAUGUUCAUCCAACAUGCCAAUAAAGCAUCGUUUGUCCCACA